AUGCUUUUCUUACUAGCCGCCCUAGGGUUGGCAUGUAGCGCUGCCGCACAGUCUACUAGUGUCAGCGCAUACAUCGCGAGCGAAUCCCCCGUCGCUAAGGCCGGCGUACUCGCUAACAUUGGGACUGAGGGAUCGUUGUCUUCUGGUGCAUACUCUGGUGUCGUAAUCGCAAGUCCAAGCACAGUCAACCCAGAUUACUUGUAUACCUGGGUCCGAGACUCGUCUUUGACUUUCCAAGCGCUCAUCGACCAAUAUGUUUAUGGAGAGGACCCUACGCUCAGGUCGCUUAUUGACGAGUUCAUUACUGCCGAGUCAAUCCUGCAGCAGACUACGAAUCCAAGCGGAACCGUGAGUACUGGUGGCCUUGGGGAACCCAAGUUUAAUAUCAACGAAACCGCAUUCACCGGUCCUUGGGGUCGCCCUCAGCGUGAUGGGCCUGCUCUACGCUCGACCGCAAUCAUCACUUACGCUACAUAUCUUUGGAACAGUGGAAACACGUCGUACGUGUCCGACUCGCUCUGGCCAAUCAUCGAGCUCGACUUAAACUACAUCGCGACCUAUUGGAACUUCUCAACGUUCGACUUAUGGGAGGAAAUUGACUCGUCAUCAUUCUGGACAACUGCCGUACAGCAUCGUGCUCUCCGCCAGGGAAUCACAUUUGCCAACCUGAUCGGACAGACGUCACCUGUGAGCAACUACGAAACCCAGGCGGGUGACAUAUUAUGUUUCUUGCAGACGUACUGGAACCCCACCGGCAACUAUAUGACUGCUAACACUGGCGGUGGGCGAUCCGGCAAGGAUUCCAACACCGUCCUGGCUUCAGUGCAUACGUUUGACCCUGAUGCGGGAUGUGACUCUACUACCUUCCAGCCAUGCUCAGAUAAAGCACUGUCGAAUCUGAAAGUAUACGUCGACUCAUUCCGAUCCUUGUAUGCGAUCAAUGAUGGGAUCGCGUCUGACGCAGCCGUUGCUACUGGCCGAUAUCCCGAGGAUGUCUACUAUGGCGGAAAUCCAUGGUACCUUUGCACGUUCGCUGUUGCCGAGCAGCUCUACGAUGCGCUCAUCGUGUGGUCUUCGCAAGGCUAUUUGGAAAUCACAGACCUCUCCCUCGCCUUCUUCCAGCAAUUUGACUCUGACGUGGGUACUGGAACGUAUGAUUCGGGCUCGAGCACGUAUAGUACGCUUACGAGUGCGAUACGCACCUUUGCGGACGGAUUUGUGCUCACGAACGCGAAGUACACACCGACGAACGGAAGCCUCAGCGAGGAGUAUACCUCCGCGGAUGGCACGCCAAUCAGCGCGUACGACCUAACGUGGAGCUAUGCGUCGGCGCUCACAGUAUUUGCGGCAGAGGCAGGCACGACUUACGGGAGCUGGGGUGCGGCGGGCCUGACAGUGCCAUCUACAUGCACGAGCGGCGUCGCGGUGACUUUUGAAGUCGAUUACGACACCGAGUAUGGAGAGAAUGUCUACAUUACCGGUUCCGUAAACGCCCUGGAGAAUUGGUCUGCGACCAACGCUCUCAUUAUGUCCGCCGCUGACUAUCCGACCUGGAGUAUCACAGUCUACUUGCCGCCGAGCACAACUAUCCAGUACAAAUACUUGACGCAGUACAAUGGGGAAGUCACUUGGGAGGAUGACCCGAAUAAUGAGAUCACGACGCCAGCAAGCGGGAGCAUGACACAGGUCGAUAGCUGGCAUUGA